AUUUUUGACACGUACAUAGUAGUGAGAAAAAUUUAUAAAAAUAAUUUUAAGUGAAUUAUAUUAGAAUAAUGGCUGAUACAUUAGCUGAAACUGUUCAAAAGACAGUCGAAAACAUCACAGAGAAUGCCAAUGUCAAAAUUCCGGCAACUUCAGAAGGAAUGUUCAUUGCUUAUAGCAGUUUAGUGAUAAUGGCACUUCUACCAAUUUUCUUUGGAUCAAAGAGAAGUUUAAGUAAUCAGAAAGAACACAAAGCGAGUGAUUCAACAGAAAAACCCGAUAUUAUGACGAAAAAAGAUGCUAUGAUGUUUCCAAUCAUUGCUUCGUGUGCACUUUUUGGUCUCUACAUAUUUUUCAAGUUAUUCUCAAAGGAGUACAUCAAUCUCCUGCUCACUGGAUACUUUUUCGUAUUAGGAGUUUUAGCAUUGUCUCAUUUAUUGGCACCCGUCAUUAGUAAAUUAGUUCCAUCGUCAAUUCCAUAUGUUCCAUUUCAUAUUAAGUUUACAAAAGGCACAAAUGAAGAUCUUAUUGAUUAUAAAUUUACAUCAUAUGAUAUCGUAUGUUUGGUAAUAUCUACAACAAUUGGAGUCUGGUAUCUAUUCAAGAAGCACUGGAUUGCAAAUAAUCUUUUCGGAUUGGCAUUUGCUCUCAAUGGAGUUGAAUUAUUAUAUUUGAAUAAUGUAAUAACUGGAUGCAUUCUAUUAGGGGGACUUUUUGUUUAUGACAUUUUCUGGGUUUUUGGCACAAACGUCAUGGUAACAGUCGCAAAGAGCUUCGAAGCACCCAUUAAACUCGUUUUUCCACAAGAUCUUCUUGAAAAAGGCUUAGGAGCUUCAAACUUUGCCAUGCUUGGACUCGGUGACAUUGUGAUUCCUGGAAUUUUCAUUGCUCUUCUAUUGCGUUAUGACUACAGCUUGAAGAGAAACUCCAGCCUUUACUUCUAUGCUACAUUCAUUGCCUAUUUCAUGGGACUUAUGGCAACAAUAUUUGUCAUGCAUGUAUACAAACACGCACAGCCAGCCCUUCUCUAUUUAGUUCCAGCAUGUGUAAUCACUCCAAUCUUCAUUGCAAUGAUCAGAGGAGACUUGAAAACAUUAUUUGCCUAUGAAGAUCAUCCAGAAGAGAAGACAGACGAAAAGGAGGUCAAAGAAAAGUCGAAACCCGAGCAGUCCAAAACAGAAAAGAAGAAGACAAAAUAAACCUUUUACUUACCUAACACACAUAAUUCUACCAAUCAACAAAUGUUUUCCUUCCAAUAUUUUGUUACGAAUAUCCUCCGCAUGAUAACAGACCAUUGAUAUUUCACUAUUAAAAUUUAGAGCAGAAUUCUUCUUUUAAGGAACUUUAAAGGAUUCAUUAAUUAUGAUACAAAAUGAAACAAAAAUUUUAAAAAUGAAAUAUUCAUGUGCUGCCGUAAUUCCUUUAAUAUGAUAAUGAAGACACUUAGAAAGUAUAAUUUAAGUUUAGUUUGAAUUUGUUUUAGAAACAAAAAAGUUACAUCUUAAGUUAUGAGCAGCUUAAUGAGAAAAAUAUGUAGAACAAGAUAUAUGAUACAAAAAAAAAACCAUUUGGAUAAGUUCUAAGCUGUGAUUAACAUCUCCAACGUCUUUAUUAUUUGUACAUGGAUAGACUGCUAAAGAAAAAUGUGCUUCAUGAAAUUCUUUUUUUGUUGUUUGACUAGUUUUAUAUGCACAAGUUUUUUGCAUUUUUGAUUUUUAAGAUGAUUUAUACAGAACAUAAUUGAUUUCUUUUUAUUACUGCUGCAUGUAAACAUUUUAGGCUAUAUCUUUUACGAAAACAUUAAAUUAAUGAACAUAAAUUGUGUAUUUAGGAUAUGAUGUCAAGAAGAA